CCCGGAGGCGGUUCCCGGGUUGCGGUGAGGGAAGUGGGUCGGGAGGAGAGAUGGGCGGUGAAGAGGCCCGGCUCUGCCGGGGAGGCGGGCAGAUCCGUGGCGGUGAUCAGAAGGGGCCGGAAGGGGGUGGCCGCUGGUCGGGCCCCGCCCUGGGGCCGCCUCCCCGCGGGUUCCGUUGGCUGUGGCGGCAGCUGACGCUUGUGGCGGCGGUGGCUCGGGGUGGGCGUAAGAUGGCGACAGCAGCGCAGGGACCCCUAAGCUUGCUGUGGGGCUGGCUGUGGAGCGAGCGCUUCUGGCUACCCCAGAACGUGACCUGGGCUGAUCUGGAGGGGCCGGCCGACGGCUACGGCUACCCGCGCGGCCGGCACAUCCUCUCGGUGUUCCCGCUGGCGGCGGGCAUCUUCUUCGUGAGGCUGCUCUUCGAGAGGUUUAUUGCCAAACCCUGUGCACUCCAUAUUGGCAUCGAGGACAGUGGUCCUUAUCAGGCCCAACCCAAUGCCAUCCUUGAAAAGGUGUUCGUAUCUAUCACCAAGUAUCCUGAUAAGAAAAGGCUGGAGGGCCUGUCAAAGCAGCUGGAUUGGAAUGUCCGAAAAAUCCAAUGCUGGUUUCGCCAUAGGAGGAAUCAGGACAAGCCCCCAACGCUCACUAAAUUCUGUGAAAGCAUGUGGAGAUUCACAUUUUAUUUAUGUAUAUUCUGCUAUGGAAUUAGAUUUCUCUGGUCGUCACCUUGGUUCUGGGACAUCCGACAGUGCUGGCAUAACUAUCCAUUUCAGCCUCUUUCAAGUGGGCUUUAUUACUAUUAUAUCAUGGAAUUGGCCUUCUAUUGGUCCCUUAUGUUUUCUCAGUUUACAGACAUUAAAAGAAAGGACUUCCUGAUCAUGUUUGUGCAUCACUUGGUCACCAUUGGGCUUAUCUCCUUCUCCUACAUCAACAAUAUGGUUCGAGCAGGAACUCUGAUCAUGUGUCUACAUGAUGUCUCAGACUUCUUGCUGGAGGCAGCCAAGCUGGCCAAUUAUGCCAAAUAUCAGCGGCUCUGUGACACCCUUUUUGUUAUCUUCAGUGCUGUUUUUAUGGUUACACGUCUAGGAAUCUAUCCAUUCUGUUUUUCUGUUCUAUUCUAUUCUAUUUUUGCCAAUAGAACACAAGAACCCUAUUGCCCUGCUUUUACCUUGGCCUGUGCUGACCUUUUAUGGACUCUCAUAGGACCUCUGCUGCCUCACACCGUAUUUCUAGCAAGGUCGGAUCCAGACUCAGAGUACUCGACUCGGUUGGCUUCUGGUUUUUUUGACUCAUCUCUGAGGAACAGUCCUAAUUUUAUGCCUAAGAUUCUGAACACGACCCUCUUUGAGAGUUGGGAGAUAAUCGGGCCUUAUGCUUCAUGGUGGCUCCUCAAUGGCCUGCUGCUGACCCUACAGAUUCUGCAUGUCAUCUGGUCCUACCUAAUUGCACGGAUUGCUUUGAAAGCCUUGAUCAGGGGAAAGGUGACCUGUCCAGGAAGGAUUAAACCCUGUACUCUCCACUCUUUCCUCACCUCCUUCCUUUUUUCUAUGCCUGGCGGGAGCUGGACAGUUUCAUCUCUUGCAUGUAUCUAAGGAUGAUCGCAGUGAUGUGGAGAGCAGCUCAGAGGAAGAAGAUGUGACCACCUGCACAAAAAGUCCCUGUGACAGUAGCUCCAGCAAUGGUGCCAAUCGGGUGAAUGGUCAUAUGGGAGGCAGCUACUGGGCUGAAGAGUAAGGUGGUUGCUGUGGGGACUUCAGUACACAUGGACUUGUAGGGUCACUGGCAACGUACUCCUCUUGGCCCUUCCCAUAUCUACCCUUCUGUGACUGGGGGACUGCAAGGCACUGAGGAGUAUCAAAGAAGCAAAUAUUUUCACUUUGAAAGAAAAUGCUGCCAUUUUGUAUUUAAUAGCCUCCAAGUUCUUUCAGUAAUGUUAUUUGCUCUGUUUUUGUGUGUUUGUUCAUGUGCAUUUGUGCAUAUGCGUGAGUUUCAUUGCUGGGGUUGGGGCACAAUUCUGGACUGGAGCCAUGAGGCCUUCCCUAGUCCCCUUUGAACCCACCUUAGUUCCACAUUUGGCUGCAUCUUGAAUUAUACUGACUCCAGACUGUCUCCUCCCUUUUUGCCCUUGGCUCUUGAGGCUCUAAACCCCUGGGCCAUCUGAAUGGAGCAGCCAAGUUCAGUCCCAGAUUUCUGCACUGUUCCUCUUUCACAGCUAGAAUACGUUGCAUGAUGAAGUUGUAUAGAAACAGAACCAUGGAUGGAUGGCCAGGAUUACUGUGGUCCCUAGCUAGAUCCCCUUCCUAUCACAUGAUAGCAACAGGGACAGCUGCCAAUACCCUACUCUUUACUCAAUGGUACCCAGGGAGGGGGCAUGGGAAGAGGGUGAGCUGAGGGCUGGAGGAGGACAACAGCCACUGGGUGAGCUGUUCACGGUCUUGUACUAUUGUUUACUCUGUGAUUAAAAGUACUUCAACCCAC